AUGGUAAAACUUGGAGAUGCUCCAGCUAAUUAUUAUCCUCCCAGCCAAACAGAACUUGAAGAGCAACUUUCUUGUACAAAAAAAGAUCGUAAAGUUGCUAUUUAUUGGAGAAAUCAGUUUGCCAAUAAUUACGAUGUCUUAGAUAGAGAAAAAAAACAUAUACAGGAUUCUCUAAAUCAAUCAAAAAAAGAAAAUAAGCACAUACAGGAUGACCUUGAUAAAUCCAAAAAAGAAAAUAAGCGCAUACAGGACGAUCUUGAUAAAUUCAAAAAAGAUAAUGAGAAGCUCUCUGAUCGUGUUCACCAGCUUGGAGAAGAAACAAUGCG